AUGGGCCCCGUGCGACGGGGGCGUCUCUUCGAAGACGACGAGUAUGGCGAUGACAAGGAGAGCAACGACGCCCGAGUGUUGGACUUUGCCAAGGACGCACUGGUCAAGGCCGCCAUGAUUGCUGCUGACUUGGCUGCGAGGAACAAAAUGUGUGCUGCGGGCUGUCUAGCUGCGAAUUUGUUGAUUGCGAAGAGCGCCCUAGACGCGGCGGGAGUCCAUCAGUUGCCCAAGCUGCAGAGACGGCUGCCAAAGUUGCUGGAUGACUUGGAGUAUGUUUGCUCGUGGCCCAAUCAGCCUAGCGCUCACACGUCUCUCCUCGAAGAACUCAACACCUCGUCCCAGCGCAGAAGCCAUGGACAAGCCGAAGAGCAAGCCCGCCAGGGCAUCCUUGCAUUCUGCCAUGCGUCGCAAGACAUACGCGACCAGUACCUCAAGAAGCUCCAGCGCUUCGCUGAACUCGUCAUGGCCGUGGACGAUGACAGCAAAAGCCGCCUCAAGAAAACGACCGAUGAGGAAAUGCCGGAUGCCUACCCGACGCACGUCAAUUCUGCUCUCUUCUCUGUGCUCAAGUCACACUCAUUGUGUACGUGUACGUGGAAUGGUGGGCCGGGCACAGAUGGCAGAGGAAAGCACCAUGCCAGACUGAGAUUGAACGACAAGAUUACCAAAAUUGACGGGUGCGUCGCCUUUGAUAUGCUGUUCGCCGCUACGCCUCUGGUUUCCGAUCACUGGCAAGAGCUGCAAAUGCGUGUUGCCAUGCGCAAGAAAGCCGGAAAAGCAGUACAUUAUCGCGAAGAGCCUUUGGUGAGCUCACCUGGAGAUGCACCCAAAUCGGACUUCUCUGAGCGCUCAAGGCUCAUCCUGCCAGAACAAUUCUGCCGGCUCGUCAAAACACCCAUCGGCUCACGUAUCUGCUGCCGCGUUCAGGAUGAGGAACUUCACCAGCUUUACGAUGGGGUUCCAUUGAAACAGCAAAUCGGGCCAGGGUCAAGCAUGUCGCUGCGGGAAAUUCUGGCGCAGUGCAAACUGUCGAACCGAAUGAAGCUGGUCUUGGCAUACAUUGUCGCGCGUUCUUUUUGGCAAUAUUAUGACUCGUCGUGGAUGGGCUCUGCUUGGUCGAGCGAUUCGAUUCACUUUUUACGGGAGUCGCCGCUGGAUGGGGACGACGACGAUGAAAGCGUUGUCAGCGAUGGCGGCACGGAGCUAUCGAAAACUGAUGGCGCUCUGUUUGCCUCACGGCCAUGCUUGGCCAUUGAUUUUAGCGAUCAGGGGAUGGAAGGGCCCAUGGAGUAUUGCAACUCUUACUCUGUUGUCUAUAGAUACCCCAGACUGUUGGCUCUCUGCAUCAUCCUCCUUGAAAUUGCGCAAGGCAGCGGGCUUGUUAUGGAAGACAAAGGGUCAAUGGAAGGCAACCUGAACGAAUCUUGGCAUAUGACCCGGCGAUAUACCAGGCGAAGUCGUCUACGCAAGGAAUUUGACUUUCCAGACUACCGCAAAGCCAUCCUCAGCUGCCUCAAUUACAAACCCAACGACGACGAGACUGGUGAAAGUGCUACUUCAAACGUUGAGACAGAUGUCUUUGCCCGCAAAGCCAUGGUUUAUAGUUCCGUCGUGCAGCCGCUCGAACGCCUACUCAAGAAUCUCGGCUUCGCAGAGAAUCUACACAUCAUCGAUCCCAUAGACAUGUCACGCUCUCCCGAUCGCAAUGUCAAACUACCUGCUGCCAUCCUAGCGGAAACCUUGACAUCAUUCAAAGACCAAGGCAACACAAACACACAAGCGUCUGUUCAGUGGCUCGACGAUAUCUCGUCCAUCAACACCUCCAUCCGCGAACUCAAGAAAAGCCGAAAGUCAAAAGAACGCGGUCGCCCCGUUCGUAUUGCCGUGUUAGACACCGGCUAUGACGGAGAUGCCAUGUUCUUCACAUUGAAAGAACGUAAACGCCGCAUCAAAGGCUGGAAAGACUACGCCGAGAAAAGCUCGACUCCCGUUGACAGCAGCGGCCAUGGCACCCAUACUUUGGCGCUCAUCAUGAAAGUGGCACCCGCCGCGGACAUGUAUGUUGCUCGCAUCGCCAAAGACCGCGCUGGUCUUCAGAACUCGGCCGAGAACAUCGCUCAGGCCAUCGCUUGGGCUGCCACCGAGGCCGAGGCAGACAUCAUCUCCAUGGCAUUUGGCUUCCCUGAGGAGGUCCCGAUUAUUACCACAGCGCUGCUGACCGCUCAGCUCGCCCGGAACAACAAACUCCUCUUCUUGGCAGCCGCGUCAAAUUCCGGUGCAAAUCGGCGCGAGGCUUUUCCAGCGGCUCUCGACUCUGUGAUAUCGAUUCGGGAGACCAAUCACCACGGAGCAUUCAGCGACUCCAACCCCCCUGUCGAUCCUCGCGGUCCCAUCGUAUUCGGCACCGUUGGGAAAGACGUCCCCUCUGCGUGGCUGAGCAGUGUCGCUGGCGAGGUACCUAAAUCAGGGUCGUCUGUUGCCACAGCGGUGGCAGCAGGGUUGAUGGCGAUGGUGUUGGAGUUUGUCAGCGUGGGGAUGAGAGACGAAGAGAUGAAGCUACCGGAGGAGAUGAGCAGGGCUUGGACUAGGACAGGAAUGGUGAAUAUACUGACACGAAUGUCGCAUGAUUUAGGCAACCGCUCCUACUUCAUUUCGCCCUUGAGCUUUUUCUCAGGCAAGGAUUUGACCAAGAGCUGGGGUGCCAUCUCUGAUGCGGUCGUGGGGUGA